UCAUUGUGUUUGAAGAACCCCGGCCAAAGCUCGAGCUAUGGAGAUCGAGGAGGCGCCAUCGCCUAGGGCAGACGAUCCCAGCGGCGAUGCCGCGGCGGCGAUCCCGCUCAUGCCGAUGAAGCGCAGCAGCAGCGCCGAUUUGGAUCUGGAAGCCGGGCCGGGAGAGCAGCCCCAGUGCCGGAUUUGCCUCGAGUCGGACGGGCGCGAUUUCAUCGCGCCAUGCAGGUGUAAGGGAUCCUCGAAAUUUGUCCAUCGCGCGUGCCUGGAUCACUGGCGGUCGGUCAAGGAAGGCUUCGCUUUCGCGCACUGCACGACGUGUAAGUCGCCGUAUCAUCUCAGAGUUCUCCAGGCACCCGCUGAUAGGAAAUGGAGGCAGCUCAAGUUUCGAUUCUUUGUCACUAGAGACAUUCUCUUCAUUUUUGCGGCCAUCCAAGUUAUCACGUCGGCCUUGGCGUACAUGGUUUAUUUGAUCGAUCAUCGGCAGAAAGAAUGGAUGCGCUUGGCAUUUGGAUUCGAGAGUUUAUACAAGUUCUACUAUAUAUGCGGUGCGUUUCUCUUCUUCUCCAUGCUCGGGCUUUCAGGAUGUUUCUUGACGUGCUACGAUCGUCGCGUUCGCAACGAUCUCGCACAGCCAUGCCGAGAAGUCUGUAUGUGCUGCUGCCAUCCCGGAGCUUGCGCCGACUGCCAUUUACCAGGAACAAUGUGUAUGUGGACCGAUUGCACGGCUUGCUUCGAAGGCUGCGCAGCAACCAUGGGAGAAUGCGGCACUUGCUUGAGCGGAGCGGGAGAAGCCGGGGCCCCGGUGCUGCUCGUCGUCGGCCUUGCAGUCCUGGCGCUCUUUGCAAUCGUCGGGAUCUUCUACAGCGUUUUGGUGGCGACGAUGGUUUGCCAGAGAAUUUGGCAGCGGCACUACCAUAUCUUGGCCAAGCGAAUGCUAACCAAGGACUAUGUGGUGGAAGAUCUGGAUGGAGAGUCACUGGGACCGGAUUGGACGCCUCCUCCCCUUCCGCCGGAUCACGUCCAACAUCUCAAGUCGCUGGGAUUGCUCUGAUAGAGAACUCUCCCGGCUUGUAACAUAUAAACGAGAACUUAAGAUUUGUAAGGGGCAUUCCAGAUGGAAGCCAAAAAGGCGAGCGGCGGCCACCACCAGUGACAGCCUUCCGGACGAUGUCAUCCUCGCCAAGUUACCUCAAGACUAUCAUUCCGAGGAUUAGUACCCUCUGGUGAGCAAAAGUCCUUGGUGAGCUUCAAGAGCUAGCAACUUCCUAGAUGGAAUAGAAACCCUCAAAAGCUUUUGUU